UGACACGGAACGACGAGACGAGACUUCUUUCUUUUUGUAACCUAAUAUGUUUUUGUAACCUCAUAAAUUUAUAUCAGAUUUGAAUUUUAUCUUACAUAAAUUUGCCAGUUUUACAUCCACAUUUACACCUACAGUAAUUGUAAUUAAAAGAUUAUUAAAAUUGCAUAGCAAAGUUGCAAUGGAUCUCGCUGAAUUAACUGAAAACAUGUCAAUAUCAAGUGGUUCACAAACUAAGCGUGAAGACUACAUAGACUGGACAGAAUAUUUUAUGGCUAUAGCAUUUUUAGCGGCAAAACGCAGCAAAGAUCCAACCUACCAAGUAGGAGCAUGUGUGGUAAACACAGAGAAGAAAAUUGUUGGCAUUGGGUAAGCUUCCCUAAAUUGUUUUAAGU